GGCAGCUGGAGCCGGGCGCCGCCGCCGCCGCCGAGGCUUCUGUCUCGCUCGUUCGCUCGUUUGUGGCUCGCGCAGCGGCGGCAGCAGCAGAGGUCGCGCACAGAUGCGGGUUAGACUGGCGGGGGGAGGAGGCGGAGGAGGGAAGGAAGCUGCAUGCAUGAGACCCACAGACUCUUGCAAGCUGGAUGCCCUCUGUGGAUGAAAGAUGUAUCAUGGAAUGAACCCGAGCCAUGGAGAUGGAUUUCUAGAGCAGCAGCAGCAGCAGCAGCAGCAGCCUCAGUCCCCCCAGAGACUCUUGGCUGUGAUCCUGUGGUUUCAACUGGCGCUGUGCUUCGGCCCUGCACAGCUCACUGGUGGCUUUGAUGACCUUCACGUAUGUGCUGACCCAGGCGUCCCAGAGAAUGGCUUCAGGACCCCCAGUGGAGGGGUUUUCUUCGAAGGCUCUGUAACCCGAUUUCACUGCCAAGAUGGGUUCAAGCUGAAGGGCUCUACAAAGCGGCUGUGUAUGAAACAUCGUAAUGGAACCCUAGGCUGGAUCCCGAGUGAUAGACCCAUCUGUGUGCAGGAAGAUUGCCGUAUCCCUCAAAUCGAAGAUGCUGAGAUUCAUAACAAGACGUACAGGCAUGGAGAUAAAUUGAUCAUCACCUGUCAUGAAGGAUUCAAGAUCCGGUACCCUGACCUGUACAACAUAGUUUCAUUAUGUCGUGAUGAUGGGAUGUGGGAUAACCUGCCCAUCUGUCAAGGCUGCCUGAGACCUCUAGCCUCUUCCAAUGGCUAUGUGAACAUCUCUGAGUUCCAGACCUCCUUCCCAGUGGGGACUGUGAUUGCCUAUCGCUGCUUCCCUGGAUUUAAACUCGAGGGGUCAGAGUAUCUUGAGUGCUUACACAACCUUAUCUGGUCGUCCAGCCCACCCCGGUGCCUUGCUCUGGAAGUUUGUCCACUACCUCCAAUGGUGAGUCAUGGAGAUUUCAUCUGCCACCCACGGCCUUGUGACCGCUACAACCAUGGAACUGUGGUGGAGUUCUACUGUGAUCCUGGCUACAGCCUCACCAGUGACUACAAGUACAUCACCUGCCAGUACGGAGAGUGGUUCCCUUCCUACCAAGUCUACUGCAUCAAAUCAGAGCAAACAUGGCCCAGCACUCAUGAGUCUCUCCUGACCACAUGGAAGAUCGUGGCAUUCACAGCAACCAGUGUGCUGCUGGUGCUGCUGCUUGUCAUCCUGGCCAGGAUGUUCCAGACCAAGUUCAAGGCCCACUUCCCCCCCAGGGGGCCUCCCAGGAGUUCCAGCAGCGACCCUGACUUCGUGGUGGUGGACGGUGUGCCCGUAAUGCUCCCAUCCUACGAUGAGGCUGUGAGUGGCGGCUUGAGUGCCUUAGGCCCUGGGUACCUGGCCUCUAUGGGCCAGGGCUGCCCCUUACCCGUGGACGACCAGAGCCCCCCAGCAUACCCCGGCUCCGGGGACACGGACACAGGCCCGGGGGAAUCAGAAACCUGUGACAGCACCUCGGGCUCUUCCGAGCUGCUCCAGAGUCUAUAUUCACCUCCCACGUGCCAAGGGGGCAGCCGCCCCACCUCCGACAACCCUGACACCAUUGCUAACACAGCAGGGGAGGUGGCGUCCACCAGCCCGGGCAUUGACAUUGCAGAUGAAAUCCCUCUGAUGGAAGAAGAUCCAUAACCUGGUGAAACUUGAUGAUGCUACUGCCCCUUUGGGGAAAGGAACCUGGAACCUUGGAGUGAGGCCACAGAAGGACAGAGCUUGGGGGACAUUUUCUAUUUUUUGUCCAUGGGGACAGUGGUUUGCAUUGUACA